AUGGAUUCCGAAUCAGCCGUCUAUGAAAUAGAUGAGUUGAAUUCGACAAUUGCUCCAUCGAGCAGUCGACAGUGUAUUGUUGAAGCAGUGACAAUCAAAAAGCCAAAAAAGAAGGCGAUUCAACGAACCGACUUCCAUCCGCGUCCUCCAUUCUCAUGUGUUCCGAUCUACACAGCAAUUCUUCUUGGCCUUCUGAUCGUUUUGAUUGUUGGAGCAGUGACAACGAUUGUCGAUAUGAGACCUGCCUUCAUCUAUGGAGAAGUUCCAAAUUCGACUCAUUUGGGUUUGAAUGAAACACUAACUUCAAUUGUAGAACCCCCUCCACCAAUCAAUUUUUCCACUUUGAAACCACAGUAA